AUAAAAAGUAAGAGAAAUGAUACAUUAGAAAUAUAUCUUUCAAAAUGAUUGCUGGGUUUGCUUUGGUCAGCGUUAUUUUGGGAUUAAGUGGAGCGUCGUCGUGGGCUGGUAAUCCGUACGCGCAUUUACUACGGAAUGCAGAGCCUCCAAGCAUCGCAUACGGCUUCGGAGGAGGCUUCAGCAGCAAUAUUGGGGGCAUAAGUCAUUCUUCCGGAUAUGGAACCUCCUUCCAGACUGGAAACGCCCAAGCUUAUGGUGCCGGUAUUGGCUCAAACGGCAAUGCACAUGGUGUGGGAUUUGCGCAAACAGCUCCAAAUUUCAAUCAAUAUCAAUUCCCUCCAGCUUACUCAGGCUUUGGUAGGACCAACUCUGCAGUCGCCCACAGCUCCGGUAACUUCGGCUCUGCUGUAUCAUCAGUACAAAAUGGUGGACUUGGAUCAGCUGUCAGCGCAGUACAUAGUAAUGGAAGAUAUCAGUCAGCUAUAUCGAGUGUGCAGAACUUUGAUCGCGGCCUUUCUAAUUUAGCUCGCAUCCAACCGGGUUUCAUAUCAAGGGCUGAUAAUGUGGGGGGCGUUCAGACCGCGAUUUCUUCAACCCAAGGGUCAAAUGGACAGGCGACAUCGAUAGCCCAGAACUUUGGUCGUUACAAAGCAGCAAUUGCGAACAAUGUUCAGUUAAGAAAUGGUGUGAUACAGAAUAAUGGUGCCACUGUGAUCAAUGGACCAGGGUUUCAGUCUGCGCAGGCUCAUGCUAUUAAUACGGGGUAUUAGACGAUAAAUUUAGAAAUGUAUGAAAUUGAAUAAAAG